AGAGGCGGAGCCAGCUGUCUGGUGUGAGCGGUGACAGGUCUGCAUCUGGUCUUGUCAGCGCUGCUCUCCGGACAUCAUGGCCACGGUCACCCGGCUGCUGGAGUGGGUGUUCUUCUUCUACUUCUUCUCCCACAUUCCUAUCACGUUGUUGGUUGACCUGCAGGCCGUGCUUCCCGCCAGCUGGUACCCGCAGGAGCUGCUUGAUUUGAUGAAAUGGUACUGUGUCACCUUUAAAGACCACCUGAUGUUGAACCCCCCUCCCUGGUUUAAGAGCUUCGUAUACUGUGAAGCCAUUGUGCAGCUUCCGUUUUUCCCUGUCGCGACAUAUGCCUUCUUUAAAGGAGGAUGUCGCUGGAUCAGGAUUCCUGCCAUUGUCUAUUCUUCUCAUGUAGCCACUACAGUCUUGCCAAUUCUCGCUCACCUUCUUUAUGGUGACUUCCCAAAAACAAGCCAAGUGGAUUCUCCUACCGCGCAGGAGCGUCUGACUCUAGUGUCUGUAUACGCCCCCUACCUGGUGAUCCCGGUACUGAUCCUGCUCACCAUGUUGUUUAGUCCUCAGUAUUAUAAAGAAGAAAAACGGAAGAGAAAAUAAACCAAGAUUUUAUAA